GGCCAACAUUUAAAAUGGAGGACUGGUCUCUGCUGCUGCUGCUGGCUCUGACUUCACUGCUGAUCUGCUCAACAAGCCACGUGUCUCUGACUGUGAGUCCCAGCAGCUCUCAGAUGUUUAGAGGACAGUCUGUCUCUCUGAGCUGUGAGGAGGACGACAGCUCUGCUGGAUGGACUCUGAGGAGGAACACAACCAGAGAAACCAGGACUCAGUGUGGAGAUGGCUGGGGAAGACCUGCUGGUCCCUCCUGUACCAUCAGCUACAUGGCCCCAUCCUACAGUGGGGUGUACUGGUGUGAGUCCAGAGAGGGAGCAACCAGUACCAGCAUCAGCAUCACUGUCCCUGGUGGACCAGUGAUCCUGCAGAGUCCUGUCCUCCCUGUGACGGAGGGACAAGACCUCACUCUGCACUGUAGGACAAAGACGUCCUCCAACCUCCCAGCGUCUUUCUAUAAAGAUGACUCCUUCAUCAGGACUGGGCCUGCUGGUCACAUGACCAUCCCCCAUGUCUCCAGGUCUGAUGAAGGCCUCUACAGGUGCAGCAUCAGCGGUGUUGGAGAGUCCCCCCCCAGCCGGGUCUCUGUCUCAGAGAAAUCUCCGACUACAAGUCCUCCUCCAACCUCCACUA